AUGAAACACUUGAUUCCCUAGCAAACACUAUUCAAGACCUUCGAAACCCCCAAAUCUGUUUUGUAACUAAAUUAUCUACAUAAGGUCUCAGACACCAAUAUCGCAUAACUCUACUUGUAAUAGAUCUGUUAAAAAUUUCCAUAAGCGAUUACAUUCACAUUGCCAGUGGGAGAGGGAGCUAAAAAUCUACAUUUUGCGAAUGAAGUGGCAGAAUACUUGUUUAGCAAAAGAUUUUGUAGAUAAGAUUUAGUGAUCGCAGUCGGAGGAGGAGUGGUGACUGAUUUGGUUGGAUUCGUAUCUAGCAUAUAUAUGAGAGGAAUAAAAUUCAUUUUGAUUCCUACAUCGUUGUUGGGAAUGGCAGAUGCUAGUGUUGGAGGAAAGACAGGUAUCAACAACAUCUACGGUAAGAAUCAACUAGGAGUAAUAAAUGAUCCUUAUAGAAUCAAAGUGUGCAGCUAAUUUUUACAAUCAUUGGACAAAAGAAACUUUCUUAAUGGUUUGGCUGAAAUCAUUAAAAUAGCAGCUUGUUUUGAUAGAAAAUUAUUCGAGAGAUUGGAAUGCUAUGACUAUAAUUAUUUGAUGGAUCCAAAUAACUAAGCUACUUUAUUAGAUAUUAUAAAAUAUGGAAUUAAUUUAAAGUUAAGUAUUGUAACAGAAGAUAAAUACGAGCAAAAUAUUCGAAAAAUCUUAAAUUAUGGUCACACCAUUGGUCAUGCAGUUGAAUUUGCAAGUCAAGGCAAAUUGUUGCAUGGCGAAUGUGUAUCAAUUGGCAUGGUUUUGGCAAACAUAUUGGCUAAAGAACAUGGAAUCGAUACGUCAUCUUAUGAGGAAUAGAAUCAGGAAUGUUCUUUUGAAGUAUGA